CAUAUGCAGCACUUCUCAAGCACACCACUUGCCGUAAACUGGCUAGUGGGGCUGCGUGCUUGGCCCUUUAAGAAGAGACCACAGGUGCUUCCGAACAAUGCACAUCUUGAUCUCCAGCCCAAUUGUUCAGUUCUCAGUCGAUCUCAAGUCUAACUAUUAACCACCAUUAACAAUGAAGGAAGCCAUCGUCUACACUCCCGACAAGGUCGAAAUCGUCGACUCUCCCAUUCCCACGCCCGGUCCCGAUCAGGUAGUGAUUAAAGUCAUCGUCAGCGGCUCGAAUCCCAAAGACUGGAAGCACCCGGAAUGGGCCAAAAAUCCCGAGAACUCCGGCGAUGACAUCGCAGGGACCAUUCACUCCGUCGGAUCCAACGUCUACGAGUUCAAGCCCGGCGACCGCGUCGCCGCCUUCCACGAGAUGGCCGCGCCGCAUGGCUCGUUCGCAGAGUACGCGGUAGCAUGGAGCCACACGACGACGCACAUCCCCGCUGGCGUCAGCUUCGAAGAAGCGGCGACGCUCCCGCUCGCCGCCCUCACAGCCGUAGUCGGCAACUACGACCGGCUGCAGCUGCCGCACCCGUGGCAGCCUGCCCCCGAGAACUCGCGCAUCCCGUUGAUCGUCUACGGCGCCGCAACGGCUGUCGGCGCGUUCGCCAUCCAGCUCGCCCAGCUCUCAAACGUGCACCCCGUCAUCGGCGUCGCGGGCAAUGGCAUCCCCUUCGCCGAGAGCCUAAUCGACAAGAGCAAAGGCGAUGCCAUCGUCGACUACCGCGGCGGCGACGACGCCGUGCGCAAAGGCAUUGCUGACGCGCUCAAAGCCGCCGGCGUCGACACUGUCGCCCAUGCCUUUGACGCCGUCAGCGAGAAGGGCAGCAAUGAGAACAUUACUGCGGUGCUGGCGGCCGAUGGGCGCGUCACUAACGUGUUGCCGCCCGAGAAGUUCGCGAGGACGAAGGGCUUCCGGUACCCCGACACGUUUAAGACGUCGCUUACGUAUGUGGGUGAUGUUCAUGGUGAGCGGAAGCAGUUGGGCUUUGUCUACUUUAGGUGGAUGGCUAGGAUGCUGCAGGAGGGCAAGUUGAAGCCGCAUCCGCAUGAGGUGGUUCCUGGUGGGCUGGAUGGCGUGAGCCAGGGGCUGCAGAACUUGAAGGCCGGGAAGGCGAGCGCUGUGAAGUAUGUUUUCCGCAUUACGGAAACGGAGGGCGCGGGGAAGGAUUGAGUGAGGUUGGGUUUGAGCCGUCUGGUAAUCGGAAGAAAUUGUGGUAGUUAUCUAUGUAACUUUUUUUUUUAUUUUUCUUUUCUCUUUGAAGCCAACAAAGCAAAAUACGGGUUUUGCUACCUUAAGCUAUAGCUGCAACAACAAUUGCACCCAAGGGUCACAAACACACCCACAAGCGUCAUAGAACCACCUAACCAACA